UUACAUCGGUGUUUGCAUGUUUGUGAUCAAAACAUAUAGGAGGUUCAUUGUCUCCUGAUACACCCAUUUGUAAAGAAGUUGAAGAGUAGUACACAUCUUUUGUGUACUUUCUGCGAGGUUUUACAUCUUGGUUGACAUUCAUGCACAAAUGGUGGUAGCUCUGCCAUGACAUAAAAGGAACAAACAGUAUAUUAAAAUCAUGGACCCCUGCGACCAUGUCAGUCAGUCCUUACCUGGUCAGACAGAUUUGAUGGCCUGGAGUUCCUAGAAACAGAAGACGUCGGUUGGCAUUAAUCAGCAGUUACCAUUGGAGCCGUCAGAGCGCAGGCCACCCCCACGCCCGAAAGAGGAGGGAGAGAGAAAGAAGAACCAAGUCACACGCACAUUUACAAGCAACGUAACAACACUAGAGACUCAGAGGAAAGGAUCAGGAGAGGGGGGAAAAAAACCCCACAAUCAGUCAGAUAUUCUCACUCAGACACACGUGAGGGUUUGAUUGUUUAAUGUGGGGUUGAUGCCUGCUCCUGGCACGCGCUUGACCUCCUGCCACCUGAAGGAAAAGUUCACAUCAAGCAGAGAGGAGGAAGGGCUGUCUUUUGCCGUAUUUUAAGACGACAGCUUCACUUCUGGGCAACUGUGAGGGUGUGAGUGAUUCUGCUGCAAUGGAGGGCCUAGACCCAGUGACUCCUACAGCUGCCUAUGCCUCCUGUUGAAUGUGGAAAGCCUAGGAUGGAAGACCCACCAAGUGCUCCUCUGAAGCACUGGAACAAGACUCUCAACUAUCUCGCCUCCUCCUUUGCACACACCAGCUGCUUCACCACCAUCACCAAUCAGACAGGGACCACCGCCACCGGGUAGUAAGAUUCCAGGAUGUUUGUGAAUUUCCGCCGGAUACGAAAAUGCCAGUGUGUGCAGCUGAUGACCACCUGCCUGGUGCUGUCGGUGGUGAUGGUUUGCUGGGAGCAGCUGGACAACAGCGUUGUCAGCCACGUCAAAUCCUACUCCUAUCGCUACCUGGUCAACAGCUUCACUUUCAUCAACAAGAGCCUCACCAUCCCACGUGAACAGGCCAGGAGCUUCAGCAACUUCCGCUACCAGCUGGACCACCCAGAGAAAUGCGCUGGCAAGGACAUCUUCCUCCUCCUCUUUGUCAAAACAUCCCCUAAGAACACUGAGAGGCGAAACGCCAUCAGAUCCACCUGGGGUAACGAAACCUACAUCCAAAACACCCUGGGAGUGACAGUCAAGGUGGUGUUCGCCUUAGGAGCGCCUCAGAUCAAGGAGGAUGAGCCUUCAUGGAGCAAGAGGAGUGGACUUGGUUUUCAGGAGCAGCUAAUCCACGAGGACCAUCUCCAUGGUGAUUUGAUCCAACAAGACUUUUUAGACUCCUUUCACAACCUGACCCUGAAGCUGAUCCUGCAGUUCCACUGGACGCACAGCCGCUGUGCUCAUGCCCGCUUCUUCAUGACCGCUGACGAUGACAUUUUUGUCCACAUGCCCAACCUGGUGCGCUACCUGCAGGAGAUGAGCAACAGAGGCGUCAUGGACUUCUGGAUUGGUCGAGUGAACAGAGGGGCGCCGCCAGUUCGCAGCAAAGACAGCAAGUACUAUGUGCCCUUUGAGAUGUACCAGUGGUUGUUGUACCCUGACUACACCGCUGGGGCUGGGUAUGUCAUCUCCAGGGAUGUGGCGGACAAAAUCUACCAAGCCACCCUGACCUUAAACGCCUCUAUUUACAUAGACGAUGUGUUCAUGGGCAUCUGCGCCAACGCCAUUGGUGUGUCACCGCAGGAGCACAUCUAUUUCUCAGGGGAGGGCAAAACGCCCUACCACUUGUGCAUCUAUGACCAGAUGAUGACCUCACAUGGUCACGUGGAGGAUAUCUAUGACCUAUGGAAGGCAGCAACCCACCCGCAAGUGAAACAGAAAACCUCUGGACUGAUGGGGAGGCUGUACUGCACAGCCGUGAAAAUGUCUCUCCUUUGUAACCCUUUCUACAGCUACACCUACCCUUGCAAAGCAGCCUUUUUGUAGUAUUGCUUCAGUGUGUUUGUCAAUGUGUGACGGAGUGGGAGGGAGUGUGUCAUAGGUCAGAAUGAAAGGAGGAUCAUCGCUGUGAAUAUUACCUCAGUCCUUUCAGUCGGACAACCAUGUCAAAACCCUGGAGAGACCAACAUCACGUCAGUGAUCUGUAGUCUUUGUGUUUUAAUAACAUAACACUAGCUUUGCAUUGACAGCAGAAUGUGUAAAGAAAAAGGGUCCUAAAAAGAUCCUAGCUACCCACUGUGCUCACAAAUGGGAUGGUAAUAGAUGAACUAAUUUUUUUUCCAUCUCAGCCAGAUGAUUGAGUGUAUUUUCUGCUUGCCUUGGAUUUUUCUGCCAAAACUAAUAAUACUCAAAAACAAAAACAUUUUCUUAACACAAGGCUGCCUCUCUCACUGGCAUUUAUCUAUUUUAUUACCUUAAUAGAAAAAAUUACUUCACUUUUUAAACUGGACCUAUAUGUGUGUGUGCUUCUAAAAUGAUGGUGCAAAGCAUUUAGGCAUUCUUGCUGUGUGAAUCAAUGCUAGAAACAUAUACACUAGGUCAGUGAUGUGUUGGAUCUAAAAAGGUCUCAUCAUGAAAUGCAAAAUUCCUCAGUGAAGUAGGGUAGACGUUUAACUGAGAAGACGUUACAGUGCUGAAAAUAAUGAUGAGCAACAAGGUGUGAGUUCUAAAUUGACAGUUUUGUCGUAAUAUUUUUUUUGUAAUUAAAUUUGCGAAAAAUGUUUUUUAAUGAAAUAAAAUCUCAAGUGAAAGUUACUAGUAGUAGUCAUCGAUAAUAUCAGUUUGUUGACCAGGAAACAUGAGCUUAGGAAACAUCUAUUAAUUAACUUAAAGAUUUUCAAGUUAGGUGGUUUGGAGACUAAUGCGCCGCUAGGUGAGAUAGGGAGAGAUUGUGUGUUUAUUAGUCCUGUGUUGACUGGUAACAUGCUCAAUAGGGAAAGUUGUAACUGACUUCCAGACAGUGUCAGUUAACUUUUUACACUUUGACCACAAUUUAGUUUAGACACAGAUUAUGCAUGCAAAGCAAAAAACUGAAAUCAUGUGUGUAAGAUGACAAUUACUACACAAAUCAGCCCAAAGCCUCAAUCCUUCCAUGUCUUUGCCCUUCCUCUACAGAGCAACCGUUUGCUAGGCAGCAGAGCAGGUGUAGGUGCUACACACGCCUCAACAAUCUUGCAUGAAAGCACACUAUUCUUUAGUGAGAGAAGUGAGAGAAUAGACUUUGCCUGUGUACAGGAACACUGCUCACUAGGAUUUACAUUUAGGCGUUUUCCAUCUGACGUGAUAAGUGAAGCCAAAAAUACCCUCCCGGCAUCGGCCAGAGUUCUCAAACAGUCCUUGGUAUGUCUGCUCUGUGGAGGCAUCUGGCAUACUGCUAACAGUAAUAACUGUCAGUGCUCAACAGACACGAUACACAUCAUAAAUUUCCACAGACAAACGGAACUGGUGGUCGACUUUCAGACGUGGAGGUGGGGGAAUGCCACACAGACAGAAUAAAGAUUUUCAAACCCACACAUCAAUGAAGGUGUGUGAUGGUGUAGUUCUGCUGCAGCAGCAUCUGGGUUUCCUCUCUCUCUUCAAAUCUCAUCUCAUCAAAUAUACAUUUUUCUUUUAAUCUCUUAAUUAAGUAAACAUGUCAGAGUUGACCUCUCCUUACUUCACCUUGA